UCGUAUUGUAACGAUAUUCUACGGAACAACGGAUGCAAAGUCGAUAGCAUCGUUACACGCCGUGGUCGAUAACCGAUUGUGCAUCGUUCUUUUCGAAGCGAGAAAUUGAACUUCGAUAUCUAUAAAAUAAUUCACCGAACCUCGCGUUCCGUGAUAUCGGAAGUAUCCGCGGCAAAUUUGUUAUCUUGCGGAUAUCGUUAUAACGUAGGAAUAAAUUUUCUUAAAAGGGAAAUUGUUUCAUUUAACCGUAACAUUUUAAAUUAUGCAACUAAAGUCCACCAUUUUGAUACGGACAUGAGAAUUCGUGAAUAAUACAUAAUAUAUAUUGAGAAUAUAUCAAAUGCAUUCUAUGGUUUAUCAAAGGCGAUACAUGCCGGUAGUUAUGCAUUUCACGAUAUAAUUAUGGAAAAUAAAUCGUUGACUGUCUCUAACAGUAACAAAUCUGCUACAACGGACGAAACCAAGAGUGAAAUGCAUAUGGUUCUUGCCAAAAUGAUGGAAGAGAAACAUACGUAUACUUAUAAAAAAUUAGUUGUACCAAUGUCAAUGAGAAGUAUAUAUUGGAAAUUUUUUGGAUUUCCUGCCACCGAUGACGGUGAUAUACUUACCAAGGUGAAAAUUGUUUGUAUAUUAUGUAAGACACAAAUUGCAUAUAAUCGUAACACAAGUAAUUUGCGAAUGCAUUUGCAAAAUAAACAUGCCCAAGAGUUAUUGGAAUUGGAAGCGAAUACGCCACCCCGUAGACAGGUCCUUUCUCAAGAGGCAAAAGAUCGUAGAGCACAAAAGAGAAAAAUAAAAGCAGAAUUAACUUCUGCUCAGCAUAUAUAUACUACUAAUGCCGAUGGUACUGUUCAAAUUGACGGUGAUAUACAAUUUGUAACUGAUCCUAACAUAAGUUUGUCUAAUAUGGAAGAUGAUAUUGCAAUUGGUCAACCACUGAGAGUGAUGAUCAAAGGUGGUACAAAUAUAGGUAAUAAUAGUCAAAAUGUAGCAUUUCUUAUGCCAGAAGAUAAUACGGUACAUCAAUCUAGUAUAGAUGAUAAAACUGUAUCAGAUGCUAUUGCCGAAUUCAUUAUAAUAGACUUACAAUUACCAGAAGUAGUGGAAGGUCAUGGAUUUCAAAGGCUUGUGGCCACAUUAAGAUCACCUUGUGAAAUUCCUAGUAAAAAUAAAUUAGAGGAAGAAAUAAUACCAAAAAUUUAUGAUACUUUUCGUGAAUCUGUGGCAGCUACAUUAGCAUGCAUGACAAAUGACGUUGGAUUAACAAUUGAGGAAUGGAAAUCAAAUUCUAAUGAAAGUUUUGUUACUGUAUCGGUGUAUUAUCAAAAUGCCGGUGAAACUUCGUUAGAAUGUAAAGUUUUAAGUAGUAUACAUGCACCUUUAGAUUGGGAUAAACAUCAAUGGAAUAAUACCAUUGAUACAUUGUUACUUGAUUGGUAUCUCAAAGUUGAAAGAAUAACAGCAGUAGUUGUGGCAACAUCCAGAACAGAGUUAUUAGCAGCAUUAUCGUCUAAGGGUUUAACAUUGAUUCCAUGCCUCCUUCACACGUUGCAAGUCUGUGCACAAGCCUGUUUUGAGAAUCCUGAAGUAGCUAGUAUAUUAUCAAAAUGUAGAACGGUUAUUGGAGCUAUUAUAAAUCAUUCGACUGCUUCUGCGGCUUUGGCUAUGCAAGAACAAAUUAUGGAGCUGGAAGAAAACACUAUGGUGAUGGAUUAUCCUGGCGUUUGGACAUCUACUUACAAUAUGAUGGAACAAAUUGCAUUAAGACGUAAUAUCAUUUCAUCUAUAUUGGAAAGUAUAGAAAGCAAUGAACCAGAAGUUAUUGAUUUAUCCCCUGAUCAGUGGAAAAUAGUUGAAGAUCUUGUUAAUGUUCUUGAACCAUUCAAGGUUACUAUUAUGACACUCAGCGAAGAGAAAAUGCCAUUGAUUUCGCUCUUAAGGCCAUUACUUUGGCAGCUUGUAUCAUCUCAUCUUAAAGUAAAAGAUUCUGAUAGCGAAACUGCAAGAUCUUUUAAAGAAUCUCUGUCAGAUAUGCUGUGUGAACGAUAUGCUGAUUAUAAUGUUACUCUUCUUCUUCAAAUUGCAACUACGUUAGAUCCAAGGUUUAAACAGUUGCCAUAUGCCACAGAAGAAGACAAAAAUUUAGUUGCAACUCCAAUAAAAGAAAUGUUGACAAAAUUAAUACAAGCAGAAAGUGGAGAUUCAAUUAAAGUCGAAGAAGAACCUAUAAGUAAAAAGAGCAGAUUGUCAGGUAUGGAACUCUUACUUGGUGGCUUGUGUGCAACAAAAAAUGGAAUGCCAGCUGAAGAAAAAGCUGAUCUUGAGUUAGUGCAAUAUCAUUCAGAGUCAACAGCACCCCUUGAUUAUUGCCCUUUGCAAUGGUGGGCCAAAGUAUCAGCAAAAUGUCCAAAUCUUGCAAAAUUAGCAUGUAGGUAUAAUUGUGUCCCUGCUUGUUGUGCUCCACCAGCUCGUAUUCCUGCAGAAGUACAAGUUUUAUAUGAUACAAGACGAGCUGCCUUACCACCUCAUUUAGUUGAUAAAUUACUUUUCCUUCAUGGCAACCAUACAGUGUGAUUAGUCUUAUAUAUUGCUUAUAUGAUCUUGAUAAUAUCAAUAAAUGAUGCCAUUCGGAGAGAUUAUCUUGUAAAUAGAAUCGGACAUACUAUAACGAUUAAACAUAUAAUAUUACAACUAUAUAAAUAUAUAUAUAUAUAUACAUAUAUAUGUAUGUAUGUAUAUAUAUAUACACACAAACACAUAUAUAUAUAUAUAUAUAUAUAUAUAUAUUGCACUUAUGUGAUAUGUGAGAAAUGUGUUUUCAUUUUAAAACAAAACAAAAAAAAAUGCAGUGCAGUAUGAACAUCAGAUCAAUAUAUUAAGGUAUACAAUUUAGAAAAGUAACAAAAACGAUUUUUGCGGCUUUUAUGAAGAUACAUAAUUAUUAUUUAACCAAAGUCUGAUAUGUAUUUUAAUAUUUCAAUAUUGCAUGAGGAGAACCAAAAAGUAUUUUGAGGUUAAUUGUAUUAUAAUAUUGUAAAUUUAUUAAUAUGUAUUAUAUAUAUAUAUAUUGCUAUAUUACUUAUUUCAUCAGUCACGAUACAUUUUCAUCAAAAUACGAAAAUAAUGUUAUUGUAAUAUUAAAAAGACUAGAUUUUCUGUAAUUUAAAAAAAGUCUCGUAAAAUAUAAGAUUUUUCUAACAUGUAUGAAAUACUAUAAUUUGUACAAACUGGUCAAAAUAGAAUUAAAACUCGACUGCAUUGAGUUGUUAACAUGUACAUACAGUGUUUGAAAAAACAAACAAAAAGAUACGAUUUUUUUAUACAUUAUCUAUACUUUGUGAUAUAAGACAUGAACUCAAUGCCACGAUUUAUUAUACAAAAUAUUCAAUAAAUAGUUUAUAUACAGAACAUUAUGAUUUGCUUGUCAAAGCAUAUAACAUCUAAAAAUUACCUUUUUCUGCAUCAAGGUUAUACAUUCUUUUUAUUAACGUUUUGCUUCAAUUUCUAAUGUAUUGUUUGACUAUCAUUUAAAAUAAUUCCAGAUUCUGUUCUGAAUAAGUAGAAAGUUAAUGUAAUAAUAUUAUAGUAUAGCUGCUUGUAGCAACAAAUAAUUACAUAUGAAAAAAUAUAAAACCUCAAUAUUAUUACAUAAAAAUCUCUCAUACACAAUUUAAUUUCAUUAUUAAAUAAUGUUAUAACAUUAUGGUUCAUAUUAUGUUUUAAUAAUUUAUUUUGAUAAGUAAGCGUUUAUAUCACAGCACAUUUAAAUAGGAAUAGGUUAAAAUGUAUUAAUAUUACAAAUUGAUUAAGUAACUAUUUUGUUUGAAAAUUGUAUUAAUUAAAAAGGUUAUAUUGUGAUUAAAAAAAAAAAAAAAAAGAAAAAAACAACAACAAAAGUAAGGAAAUAUUUGAUGAUUGUUUUCUAUGUUGUACAUAAAUAUCAAGUAAAAUCAUAAAUUUUAUGCCCUAAGUGACAUUAAGUAACGAAUGUAAGCAAAAACAAAAAAAUACGUACAGAUAUAAAAGAUCGAUAUUUUCUAUCGAGCGUAAUACAUGAUAAUAAAUCAAAUUACAUAUUACUAAAUGAAUACAAAAUAGUAUAACAAUUGAUUUAUUUUAAUAUAAUAAUUAAAUCGUAUUAUAAUUGAUUAAUAUUUGAUUAAAAAAUUAAGAUUAAUUUUAGAAUUAUAAAUAAAUUUUAAGAAAUUACCAAAAUGAUUUUGAUCUACAGGGAGAAUCUAUAAAGUUUUUUUUUUUUACUUAUAUUAUUAUUAAUUGAAAAUGCACAAUAUAUCUCUCAUAGUAAUUUUAGAUUGUAAUUGUCAAACGCAUAUUCAAUGCAUUCAUAAAAAGAUAUUCGAGCCUUUGUACCUCAUGAUUAUUAAAACUAAAAAAGCAUGAUCAACUACUAUUACCUGUUACUAAAAGACUACCUCACCAAAAUUGUAAAAUAUUUUAGUACAAUUUAGAGCUUUGUUUUAAGUAAUAAAAUAAAAGUGAAUUAUAGUCAGAAUCAUUAUCUAUUACAAUUAUUACAAAUCAUCUUUAUCAUUGUAUCAAACGACGAAAAAUAAAAUUAAAGAUCAUGAUCAUUGUUCAUCUUAUACACAUAUACAUUUAUGCAAUAAAUGCAAAUGGUACAUUCUUCUGAUAUUUAUAUCAUUCAAUAUUGAUAAUAUUAUAUUUAAUAUAAUACACAUUUAAUAUUGAAUAUUUAUUAAUUACAUGUUUGCGUUGAUUUAGGCCAUUCAUAUGUAUUUUAUAUAAAUAUAAAGUUCCUUCAGAUUUAAAAAUUUUCCCUUAUAAGAAAAUAAAUAUUCAUAGAAGACUCAACUGUUUUUCUACCCAACUGGAUCCUUCAUACAAUUUUGGGUCUGCAAUUUUUAAAGCUGCUCUCUUAUAGAAAUAAUAAUAGAAAACUGAAACUUUAUUACAGCGAUAAAAAAAAAAAAAAGAAAAAAAAAAAAGAAGAAAAAAAAGAAAUUAUUUCUAUUAAUAAAAUAUACAUUAAUUAAUAAUGAAAUUAUUUAAAAUUACACACCUAUUCUAUGCACAGCAAAUAUGGCAUGAAAUCCUUUUGUCCAAUUAUGUGUUAACGGAUUAGACCAAUGUAAUGUAAUAUGCCAUGUAUGUAAAAUGAUACUUAAUACCAAAUAUAAAAUACAGACAAUUAAUGUCAUACGAAAUCGAAUAUACAAUAAUUGUAUUAAUCCUGCCUAUAAUAGAAUCAAUUAAUCAGAUCGUACAAAUUUCUGUAAAUGAUUGUAAUCAAAGAUUUCUAAUUACCUGAAAAAUAUAUGUCGAGAAAAUGUUAACCAAAAGUAUAGUAAGUGCUACGAUAAGGCAAAAAUCUUGAAUGCUGCGAAAUUAAAAAAAAAAAAAAAAGAAAAAAUAGAAAGAAUUAUUUUUUUUCCUUUUUUUCUGAAAGAUAUUCUGUCAAUUUCUAAAUUAUUUUUAUAAUAAAAAUUUUAAUAAUUACGUACACAUAAAGAACUAAUAAAUUAAUUGGAUGUUGCCUAGCGAAACUUCCAAAAGAAUUAACGCAAAUAUCGAAAAAUAAAAUUAAAUAUUGUCCGAUUAUUAUCGUCGUAUAUUUCCUUGCAGUUAUAAUACUCAUUUAUUCUUAUUGACGAUUAACUAUUAAAAUUGAAUGAAUAAUUAAUUUAUAGAUUGAUAUAAUCUAAUAUUUAGAUAAAUAUUAGAGAAAUUUAAAUUAUGAUACGUUCAAUAACACGUAUCGACUGUCAGUAAUGAAUCUAAUUAAAUACAGCGUGUUUAUUGUUUAUACUUCGAAUAUUACUAUGGCAACAUACAUGUGGAAGGGAUGUGAAAACAUUAUACUAUUUAUAUGUAACCUAUAUCGUUAAGGCUAUGCAUUACAUUUUGUUUGAAGCAUGUGUGCGACUUUAGCGACACAAGGUAUGGACAAAAUAUGAACUAGGAAUACAAAUGGGGAAUGCUAUCCUCACUAUGUGUCUAUUGUAUCGAUAUAUAAGCUUCUCUCACGUACACAUAACUAUUAGUUUCGUGUAGGUUAGAGUAAAUAGUUUAGUAUUUGACGCGUAGUGAAAAUAUGAGCUUCUUCUCAUUUGCCGCAAAUAUACGAGGGGCGCCACAGUAUUAAACUUUUUCUCCACGAAAAAUGUCGUAAACAUCAUUUACGCCAUCAACGAGGAAAGGAAUAAUUCUCGAUCAAUUUUUAUGAAAGAAAUCUCAAUUUAAAGACGAAGAUUUAAUCUAGAUCAUACUUUUCUCGAGUUUUUGAAAAAGGUUUUUAUUUGUGCAUAGAUUAUUCUCGAAAAAUACUAUUCUUUAUAUUUACGAUUGUUUACAAAGAAAAUAAAGCUUUUUCAAAAAUACGAAAAAGAUUAAACUUUGAUCAUUAAAAUGAUAUUGUAAUAAAAAUCAAUCAAAAAUUAUGUCUGUUAUUAUCGAUAAUGUAAAAAUUAUUAAAGAAAUAAACGAUAAUGAACAGUCUUAAUAUCGAAUCAUCGAUACUUCUGUGACGUCACAUAUAUAGAUGGCGGAUAGUUAGUGUUUGUUGCAGGAAAUAUUUACGGUGAUAUAUCCAUAUUUGAAUGAUUUUUUUUUUGUUUUUUUUUGUUUUUUUUUUCUCUUGACAUACCCAAUGGACGUGGAAAAACAUCAGUGGAGUCUUCCCAACAUGGACCACGCGUAGGUUGCGGUAAUAUUCCUAAUGGUAAACAGGCUGCAUAUCCGACAUAUCCUUCUUGGCCAUGUGGUGUUUGCACGUAGAGCCAGGUUUGAUUUUUAAAAACUGCAUUUACUACUGUACCAAGCGGUAGAGCCAUCUCGUCCUGUGUACCACCUUGCGUUUGAUAUAAGACCGAUGGAAAGGAUAAAACAACUGGGAUGUUAGCUGGUCUCUCGAUGGAUGCCUAAUAAAAAUUAAUUUAUAAACGAUUA